GUUCUUUGCUGCUUUGUUAACUGCUGUGCUGACAUACCACCUGGCUUGGGUCCCAACAGUAAUGCCGGUUGACCAUCCUCCCAUAAAGGCCUUCUCCGAGAAGCGCACAUCACAGUCUGUGAACAUGCUGGCAAAAUCCCAUCCAUAUAACCCUCUCUGGGCACAGCUUGGUGAUCUCUAUGGUGCCAUAGGCUCUCCAGUGAGAUUGACUCGAACUGUUAUUGUUGGAAAACGCAAGGAAUUGGUUCAGCGCUUGCUCUAUGUUCUAACUUACUUCAUUCGGUGCUCUGAGCUGCAGGAAAAUCAGCUGACGUGGAGUGAGAAGGCUGGGGUAGGAGAGCAAGUGCUAAAUGGAAGUAAGAUCACAACUGCCCUAGAAAAGGGAGAGGUAGAGGAGUCCGAUUAUGUCGUUGUCACUGUUAAAAAUGAACCUGCUCUUGUGCCUCCAGUCCUACCUCCAAAGAAUGAUGUAAGUAAGAACAAUAGUAUUGCAGACUGGGCACAUGACCCAGAAAGCACUCAUGCUGCCCCAGCCUCUUCAAAAGAAAAGAAAGAAGCGAUAGGAAAGGCCAGUCAGAACGCCGAAGCAUCUGUUGACUGUCUAACUAGCAAUUUUCGUAAGGAAACAGCUGAUGGUAGAAAAAGAAUUGUCACUGAUACAGGAGUUGUAUCCUACCACUUUGAAGAGCCAUCUAAAUUGGAGGAUUUAACAGAUAUAAAGAAGAACAAGAAUCAGAAUGAGACAAAAGUGGAAAACCAGUUGUCUGGUAGGUCAUCUGCAUUACCUUGUCCUGAAAGGUCUUGCCACAGGAGUUCACACUUGGAAAAGGUCACUUUUCAGAUUGGAAGUUCUGCAUCACCAGAGUCAGACUUAGAAACUCAUAAAAGAGAAAUGGAAGAAAAUCUGAAAGCAUUCAGAAAAAAUCCAGAGGUGAUACAUUGUGCCUCAACUUCCACAAAUCUGCCUGUGGAUGCUUGCCGGAAUCAAAAAGAAAGUUGUGGAGCUGCCUUUAUACCCUUCAGUAAACAUGAUGUUUGUUAUGCACAAACCUCACCUUGUGAGGGGAAGGAGAAUCUACUUAACCAACAUAUAGAAAGUAAAGAAGCUGAAAUGAAUUUAGUGAACACAAUAUCUAGUGAACCAGUUUUGCCCAUGGAUAAUGUAGAAACCGUAAAAUUGCCAAGCCUGAAAGAAACUAGAACUUUAUGCUCUGGCAAUCUGCAGAACUGUUCCUCUAGCUCUGUAGAAAUAGGUUGUGCUGUCAAACAGGAUUCCCCUAAAGUAGGUGCUAAAGAUGUCCCCUAUGGGGAUGCUGGAAGAAAAAGCUCCUUCAGAGCUGAAGGGGACAUUCCAAGGAAUGAGAGUUCAGACAGUGCUCUUGGAGCCAGUGAUGAAGAAGGUGAUUGUUGUAUCCCUGAUGAAGUACAUCAUGAUAAUGUCAGCAAAAGACCUGAAGAGUUUGCAGAAGUGGAACUUCCUUUACCAAGGUCAAAUACAAUCAGCAGUCAAUGUGUGAAAAAUUUUGGAAGAUCACUUCUAGGUGGUUACUGUCAUACAUAUGUACCUGAUCUAGUGCUGCAUGGAAUAAAUAAUGAUGAAAAACUCAAGCAGUGUCUACUAGCAGACCUACUUCAUGCAAUGCAUCAUCCAGUGCUAGAUGAGCCCAUAGCAGAAGCUGUCUGCAUUAUUGCAGACACAGAUAAAUGGAACGUACAAGUAGCUACAAGCCAGAGAAAGAUGAUGGACAAUAUGAAGUUAGGCAAGGAUGUUUUGGUUUCAAGUCAAGUAUCCAGUUUAUUGCAAUCUAUUUUACAGCUUUACAAACUCAACGUCCCAGCUGACUUUUGCAUAAUGCAUCUUGAGGAUAGACUACAAGAGAUGUAUCUCAAAAGCAAAAUGCUUUCAGAAUAUCUGCGAGGACAUACAAGAGUGCAUGUAAAAGAACUAGGAAUGGUAUUGGGGAUUGAAUCCAAUGACUUGCCUUUGUUGGCUGCUAUAGCAAGUACUCAUUCCCCGUAUGUUGCUCAAAUACUCUUAUAA